AUGACGACCACAGAUUCCCCCAUCAAGAAUCUCCCCAAUGAACUUCUCUCCAACGUGCUAGCUGAACUCAGUACAAAGGAGCUCCUCCCAGUCGUCUCCGUCAGUCACCGCUUCUGCUCUCUAGCAACCCGUAUCCUACAUCGCCGCCUCGCUAUUACGGCCACACUUCCAGGCAACGAAGUGAUUCUCGAAUGCUACCAUCCAAGCGCCAAGAUAUCCACGCCAUACCUGGCCUGUCGAUAUCUCGGCACGGCGUCAUGCGACGGGCCCUCGAUCAAUGAGCAGAACCCGAGCUUCGUACAUCUGCGCAAGAUGUAUUCAUGCUUCCGACCAGUCAUAAUGGAAGAGAACAGACGCAGAAGGUUCCGUUAUGGGUGGUCUGUACAAACCUUGGCCGGAAGCACUCAGCUCCAGAUUGCUGCCGAGGAUAUCCUUGAUGAGACUGCACAUCAGGAAGUGUACCUCGAUGAAGGGGAGCGCUUCUCUCAGCUCUGCACCGUGACGAAUGUCGUUACGCAUGGUUCACGACCGGGCCUUUUCACACGACAUGUCAAUAUCAGCGAGGGUGUCAUUCGUGUUUUCAGGCACUGGCUGUCCAAUGGGGCCACAAUUGCGAGCUCGGGUACAUUUUCAUCAAACGACAGCCGCAUCUUGUGGGUAGACAGAACAAAGGACAUUGGCCUGCGUUUCAAGGUAACGCCCGGGCCAGAGACACGGGGGACAAUCUUUGAAGACGAGCCGCCCGUGUUUUACAAUCUAAUUUACGAAGAACUGAUUAUACGCACCAGCACACUGCUUUUGGCCGUUGAAGAAGCAGCUGUAAAAUAUGUGGCGCAUUCAGGAAAAGACAUCAUUAUCGCGUCCAUCUGA